AUGGCCACCAAGUGUUUUAAAUCCAUGCUUAUCAUAUUGUUCCUGUUCCUCGGGUUAACAUCGUCAGCCAUUCCAUAUCUAAGCCAAGGUUCGUCUCUGUCUGUGGAGAAUCCAGGUGAUGUUUUGAUAUCGUCUAACGGCAUGUUCUCCGCUGGCUUUUACCCCGUCGGCCAAAACGCUUAUUGCUUCUCCAUCUGGUUCACCAAGCCUUGCCAUGACGGUAGUCACACUCUAGUUUGGAUGGCAAACCGGGAUGUGCCUGUUAAUGGAAAGCGAUCAAAGCUGUCCAUACUCGAAACCAAUGAAAUCAUCAUAACCGAUGCCGAACCCGUAAUCUGGACGAUCAAUAAGUCAGUUAAAGAUGGCUCUUGGUCGCAGUUGAAUCUCCUUGAUUCAGGUAAUCUCGUUCUCCAAACUCGAGACAAUCUUACUCUUUGGCAAAGCUUUGAUUCACCAACUGAUACGCUUCUCCCUGGACAACCCCUCAAUCAACACAAAAGGCUAGUAUCAGCACGAAGCCGAACUAACCAUUCUUCAGGAAAAUACAGGUUGUUGUUUGACGAUGAUAAUGUUCUUCGUCUUGUCUUGAAUGGUUCCGACACAUCCAGCAUCUAUUGGCCGGAUUCAACCAUCUUGGACUACCACCAAGGUAGAACUAGAUACAAUUAUAGCAGAACCGCAGUGUUGGAUUCUUCAGGCUAUUUUACAUCUUCUGACAAAAUGGAGUUCAGAUCAACUGAUUUUGGUAUUGGACCUUGGAGAAGAUUAACCCUUGAUUUUGAUGGUAACCUUAGAUUAUACAGUCUCGAAGAACAGGGGGUUUGGUUUGUGACAUGGCAAGCUAUGUCUAACUCCUGUAGGAUUCAUGGAGCCUGUGGACCAAAUAGUAUAUGUAGCUAUGAUCCAGGUUGGGGUCCCAAGUGUGGUUGUCCCCCAGGGUUCAAGAUGAAAAACCAUGCGGAUUGGAACGAUGGGUGCGAACCAGAAUUUGAGCUUUCAUGUAAUGAUGAUGUCAACUUUGUUCAACUUCGUCAUGUUAACUUUUUUGGCUACCAUUACGACAACCUCCGGAAUUACACCUUCCAGGAGUGCCUCCGAGUUUGCUUGGAUUCAUGUUGUAAAGCUUUUCAAUAUAGAUAUUUCCCAGAAGAUGGUGCCUAUCGCUGUUAUUCAAAAUGGGAAUUGCGCAAUGGUCAUCGUUACAAUAGCUACAGUGGAACCCUUUACUUGAAACUCCCCAAAUCAUUCCCUUACAACAACAAACCUGUUCGGGAAUUCAAAUUAAAUUGCUCCAACAAGCAGACAAGACAAUUAGACAGACUUUAUCUUAAGAAAACAGGAUAUGAAACAUUGAAUAUUUUGAUUUGGUGCGCUUCUAUAAUUGGAUUGCUUGAGUUGAUGUGCGUCUUUCUGGUGUUCGUUUUCUUGUACAGAACAGGGGAAAGUCCCGAUGCAUCGACG